AUGUACUGUGACAUGGGUAGUAAACUGGUACUGGAGGCAAAGAGAGCUCAACAAUUGAAUCGAAGUUCGGGCGCUGACCAACUGCCAAUGUACCAGGAUGAACUUAUAAGAAAUAUCGUCAAAGAAGUAAGUCAAUUGCGCAAAAACGCUGAUUUCUUGAAAGAGCAACAAGAAGAAAACCAGUUCCAAGAUAAAGUGGCUCGCUGCCAGUAUUUCGUUACACUUUUGUGUAUGGAACGUAACAAAAGAUGCCUGUUGGCAUAUCAGAAGCUGCGAAGUGACGCGUUGGAUGGUUUCGCAUGGAAUAGAAAUGGUUCAGACGCCAUUUCAUCACUGAAUGCGGCCCACCAGGGAAGUGGGAAUCUGUCGCAUCACGAACAGGAGUAUCUGAAAGAGUACGCUCAAUUAAUUACUGAUAUGAAAAGUGGGGACUACACUGAUAUUGACCUUUCCGGUAGUUUAACGCCACCCAGCGAUGUAUUCAUUGACGUGCGUGUUUUAAAAGACGCUGGGGAAAUCCAGACCGAGUAUGGGGUGUUCAAUCUGAUUAAAGACUCGCAAUUUUUUGUCAGACAGGCAGAUGUCGAAAGACUGAUUCAGCAAGGAUAUCUUCAGAAACUAUAA